AUGACAGAAACAAAAUUUAUUGAUAUUGAUGCUAAAAGGUUAUAUAAUGUUAUAGAAAUAUUUGAGAAGAAAAUUAUUAAUUUGUCAUUAAUAAAUGAGGAGGUGUUAGAAAAAUUAAACGAAAAAGAGUUAAAAACGAUGCCUCAAGAAUUUCUUAUUUAUUUUAAAGAUAUAAUAAAAUUAAAUAAAUUAUAUGAACACACUCAAAUAGAAAAGAUCGAAGAAAUAGAAAAAACAAAUGAUAGUGGUAAUGAAAAUCUUUCCUUUUUUAGAGAUCAGGAAUUAGUAGUGAAAAUAAAAAAGUAUUGUUUUGCUUUAUGCAAAAUAUUAAAAGAAAAUGAUAAUCUAUUUCAAAUUUUAAAUUCUUCAAAUGACAAAGAUAAUCAUGAUUUUUUAAAAUUUUUACAUAUUAUUAAUGAUUUAAAAAAUAUUUUUUUUAUUAAGUUUCAAACAACAGCAGAAGAAAAACUAAAGAGGAUUGAUAAUCUAGAAAAAUUAAAAGAGGAAGAAAAAAAAAUACAAGAUCAAGAAAAAAAAUUAAAUGACGAACUAGAGAGCAUUAGAAAAGAAAGUCAGUACGAAAUAGAAGAAUUAGAAGAUAUUCUGAGAAACAAGGAAAAAGAACUGGAUGAUCUAAGAAAAAGCUCUGAAGAAAAUAUAAAAAAGUUAUUAAAUAUGAUUCCUAUAAAUGAUGCUUCCGAAAAUUUAGAAAAUAUUAAUAUUUUAUUUGAAAAAACAAAAAAUGUAUAUGAAAACCAAAUUAAAACAUAUCAAGAUCAAGAAAUAAGCUUGGUUAAAAAAAAUAAAUUAUUAGAACUAGAUAUCAAAAAUUAUAUUGAUUCAAUAGACAAAGAAAUAAAUAUAAUGGAUAAUGAAAUAGAAAAAUUGAAUAAUGAAUUAAAAGAAAAUAGAAUAAUCGAAAAUGAUUUGGAUACUAUUUUAAUGCGAAAAAAAGCAGAAGAUGAAGAAAAUCAGAUUUUAAAAGAAUUAACUGAAAAAAGAGAUAGAAUAAUUCAAAAAGAAGAGAAUAUAAAUAAUGAAGCGGCAAUUAUUAUUCAAUCAUACAUAAGAGCAAUAAAGCAAAGAAAUUUAUUUAGUGAAUAUCAAAAGAAAAAAAAAAGAAAAAAGAAAAACUAG